AGCUGUCAAGGGUAAACGCAGGUCUAUGGAGGAGACGGGCGUGUGCUGGCAGGAGACAACGCUCUUCUCAAACCUAAGACUUCACUUCCUCAAAUGCUUUAUUGAAGAGUCACUACAGCUACGCAUGGAGCAUAUCAGUGUCUUUUAGACAUUAUAUUAGUCCUGGUCAGGAUGUCAUCAAGACUGAGUGAGGGAAAUGGACGUGUUGGUAAAGAGAAGAAGUGCGCACAAAGAUCCCAAGAUGAGAAACAUGCAGCACAAGAGAGAACUUUUACCAAGUGGAUUAACAUGUAUUUGAAGAGAUGUGAGCCACCUUUACAAGUCCACCACUUAUUUACUGAUAUUCAAGAUGGAAAAGUUCUCAUGGCCCUUCUCGAAGAACUGUCAGGCUGUAAUUUGCUCUAUAAAUUCAGGCCAUUUCCACAUCGGAUCUUCAGACUAAACAAUAUUUCUAAGGUCUUGAACUUCCUCGAGGACAGAAAUAUAAGGCUUAUAAAUAUAGACGCUAAUGAUAUUGCUGAUGGCAGCCCUUCAGUUGUUCUCCGGCUAAUCUGGAACAUCAUUGUGUACUAUCAGAUUAAACAGGUCACAGGAAGCCUGGAGAAGUCCCCCUCCACCUUCAGCCUGCUGUCAUUACCUUGCGGCAGUGAUUCUUCAGGUCGUAGUUCUCCAGCAUCACCUGGAGAUGACAUUUUUGGCACUUUACCCUCAAAAGGCAAAAGGUCAUCAAAAAAUCUCAAGUACCGUGGGACAGCCAUAAAAACUCUCCUGAGCUGGGCUCAAAACUGCACGGCAAAAUUUGGAGUAGAAAUUCAUGAUUUUGGUAAAAGCUGGAGGAGCGGAUUGGCAUUUGUGGCUCUGGUGAAAUUCUUCUGUCCUGAAUUUGUGCACAUGAGGAAAGCUUUGUCCUCUGAGCCCCGACUAAAUAUGGAGACAGCCUUCAGAGCAGCGCAAGAGUGGCUGGGGAUCCCUCCGCUGCUGAACCCAGAUGAUGUGGCGGUGCAUUCACCAGAUGAGCAGUCUAUCAUCACCUAUAUCGCCCAGUUUCUUGAAUGUUGUCCAGGCCAUGAUGAGGAUGGCGUGUCAACAGAUUCCUCUAGAGGUUCGCCAAACUUCACUGAAAGAUGGGACAGGGUGUCGACUGAUUCUGACAGCUGUGGUUACCCAUCUAAUGUCUCCACUGAAGCUUUGAGAGACCUAUAUAACCUUUCUGAGACCAGUGAAGAAGAACAAACCUACCAUACUGGAGAUCAAGAGUCACUUUCAGUCUGUCAAGAAAACACUAGGGUUUUAGAAGCUCGUUCUGUAGCUUUACUCAACGUGAAGAAAACUUCCACUGGGGGGCAGUGUUGUGACUCUAUAGCAUGGAGGAAAAGAUGGCUAGGAAGCCUGGAGGAUGAUGGGAACUGUUCUGAGGUUUCAAAGGAGGCUGUUUAUGCUAUGUCAGUGCUGGAUUCAGAUGAGGAGGACGCAUUUAGCUACAUCUUAGAGCUGGACCAUAAAGAACCUGGGCUGGAGUCAAAUAUCGACUUUGGAUUAAAUACAGUUAUGGAUUCACAAGCAAUAGAGUUUGAUUUAAAUGUUGCCAGCAUUCUUGGAACUCAAGGAAGCGAAAGAAAUUCUUGUUGUUGUGAGGCACAGAGGAAUCUGAAGCCCACAGAUGUACCAGUGGGGUCAGGCGGUGGUAAAUGUACAGACAAAAUCACUCUAGAUCAAGUCUUACUAACUAAGGGCAUACAUUUAUCCCAAAAUAACUGUGAAGGAAAGACUUCGCCUGUAUCUAGCUCCUUGCUGAUGAAUCAAAGUAGUAUUGUGGAGACAGUAAAUAACUCCAAAUUACAAUCUCAUGCACACCCAGAGUUGAAUUGUUCAUUAAAAAUGAAGGGGAGUGUUUCUGCAGAUACAUCUACUCACAGUGAUGGUACCGAUGAUGCAUUUGAACAUCUGGAUAACUGUGUUGAUGAAAAAAAAUUCAGAGAGGAACUUCUGCUUGGUCCACUGAAGGAUAAUCUAUUGGAUAAGGAGCAGAACAGUGUUUUGGAUCGAAUUAUUUUGGAUAGAAUAACAGAAGAACCUGCAGUUUCACAUGCACAGAGGAAGGAGGGUCUUGACCAAGCUAGUUAUGAGGUGCAAGAGCUACACGUGCUUCUGUUUCUCUGGAUGAUCGCCUACUGCGUCCUUAUGUAUCCUCAUCUGGAUAUCUUCAGUCUACUAAGCCCAAACUGACAACACAGAUCAAUACAAUCACAAGCAGAGUAGUACAAAGGGCAAUUCUGUGUGCCCACACAUGUACUUUGUUCAUCUCUUUUUUGAGUGUUUGUAAGCCAGGACCAGUGCUAAAAAAUGCACUCUGAAUGCUGGAUUUACAGUUGAAUUGCUGGUAUUUAAUGUAAAGUUUGUGGAUUUUCAGUAUCAUGUUGCAAGUUAAUUCCAAAGUUCUCAAUAAAUAUUGUUUGUUCUUUG